AUGGGUCGAUGGCCUGAGAGACCCUCGUGGCUGGAGGGCAACUACAGCGGCCAGGCAGUGGUGCUAAAGCUGAACAACAUGGCCACUUUCUACAUCACCUCCACUUACGUCCCGACCUUCAUCAUCGUCGUCAUUGGCUACACUGUCUUCUUCUUCCCUCUGUGGAAUUUCAACGAGAGGGUCAUGGUGGGUCUGACGGGGCUGCUGGUCGAGGCUACGUUCUUCUCGCAGGUGAGCGCCUCCAUACCACACACGGCCUACCUGAAGCUGGUAGACAUCUGGUUCGUGUUCUGCAUCGUGAUGCUGUUCCUGGUGGUGGUGGCGCUCGUGACCAUCCAUUACGUGCAGGAGGAAUCGAGAGUCUCCCCCAUGGUCGUAGGGGACGCCAAGUCGGGCCCGAGACUCCUGCAGGAUGCCCAGGCCCUUCGGAAGAGGAGAGCGGCCAAAGUCAACGUCUUCUGCAGGGUGUUCUUCCCCGUCGUGUCUGCGGUGUUCCUUAUCUCGUACUACAUCGCCGCCGUCGCCAUGUAGAGGGCCCCGAGAGGCUGCCUAGGCCGGGGCUCUUGCUCGAGUUGUUACUUGUACCUGCAUGUAUAUGUAUAUAUGUAUGUAUAUAUGUGUGUACAUUCAUACAUGCAU